CUCAUAGUCCUCAUGUCUCUUUAAUAUUUUCCCACACUUUCUCUCAAAUAUUUUAUCUCUCUUUCUCUAUGGCUGAUCUUUCACCAUCUCUUUCUCCAAAUUGUCGUGAUCACAAUCACCAAUCUCAGCAACAACAAUCCUCCGCCAUCAAUUUCAAUGUCAUGGUGAUCGUGGCCGCCAUGCUCUGUGCUCUAGUAUGUGCUCUGGGCCUCAACUCCACCCUGCAAUGUGUGUUCCAAUGCACAUACAGAGCCCUCACCGAGCCCAGACAAUGGCUUGUUUCUCGGAGACAAAACUCAGGGCUUAAAAAGAAAGAAGUUGUGGCUUUGCCUACUUCAACUUUCGCCAUUAAUAAUGCAGGCACAGGCUCAGGCAAAAAUAUUCCAAUGAAUCAUUGCCUUCCUUAGAUCAGAUAGUCGUCACACCUUCGUGAGUGAUCUGCCUUUGUAU